AGCAGUGAGGACGGCGUGAGGCAUCGUGUCGCCUCCGCUGCUUCUAUUUCUCCGUGCCACCGUUCCUACUUUCAACGCCCCGACUGCGAGCAUGGCGACCUCCGCUGCGCUCUUCAUCCCCUCCUCCCCCGCGAGCUUCUCCCGAGCCGCCUCGAUCUCUCGCUUACGCCUCCUUUCUCCUCCUUUUCUUCUUCCGAUGGCGAGGCCGCUUCGGUUCAGACGCGUCUCUUCAUCUCUCGCUCCUUCUUCCGCCCCUUCUCCUGUCCUCGAUAAUUCUCCGUCCCCAUCUAAGACUGGCAAGUGGCAGUGGAAUUUUGACGGCAAUUCUGUGAACGUCUACUAUGAGGAGCAUGAGGGGAAGAGUGCUGCAAAUGCCACGCAGAUCCUCAUGAUCCCCACUAUCUCGGACGUUAGCACUGUUGAGGAAUGGAGGACAGUGGCGAAGGAUAUUGUUGCGCGAGAAGGAGAUGUGCGAUGCCGUGCUACUAUCGUUGAUUGGCCUGGUCUGGGAUUUUCUGAUAGGCCAUCACUGGAGUACAAUGCUGAUGUCAUGGAGAACUUUCUUGUCCAGUUUAUCAAUGCAUCAGAUGGUCCUCUGGCAAAUUCAGAAGGCGAGUUGGUUAUUUUUGGGGGAGGACAUGCAGCAACUAUUGCAGUUCGUGCAGCUGGAAAGCGUUCAAUUAGUCCUGCAUCCAUAGCAGCUGUUGCACCUACUUGGGCUGGUCCUCUUCCUAUAGUCUUCGGUCGAAGUUCAGACAUGGAGUCAAGGUAUGGACUCCUGAGGGGCACUCUGAGGGCGCCAGCAGUGGGUUGGAUGAUGUACAAUGUGCUGGUGAGCAAUGAGAAGUCCAUUGAAUCCCAGUACAGGUCCCAUGUCUAUGCAGACCCAGAGAAUGUCACACCAAGCAUUGUGGAGAGCAGAUAUAACUUGACAAAACAGAAGGGUGCUCGAUAUGUUCCUGCUGCUUUUCUGACAGGCGAGCUUGAUCCCGUUAAGUCUCGUGAGGAGUUUCUCCAACUAUUUGGAGAACUGGAAGGGAAGAUGCCAAUAUUGGUCAUAUCAACAGCCGGUGCCCCCAAGAGGUCAAAAGCCGAGAUGGAUGCUCUAAAAGAAGCCAAAGGUGUCACUAAAUUUGUGGAGGUUCCAGGGGCUCUUCUUCCACAAGAGGAGUAUCCCUUAACAGUUGCAGAAGAGCUGUACAAAUUCUUGCAGGAGCAUUGUGGUUCAAAGAGCUAAAGUAAGAAGGUCAUCAACCUGAUCCUUCCUUUUUCCGGAUCUCCUAGCAAGCUGUGGAGUUCAAAUCAGUCAUGUUUCAUGGCAAUUCUGGAAUUCUGUAUGAUUUCUAUCAUUCCAUUGAUAUAGUGUUAUAUUAUCCUCUGUAGUAUCAAUAAUGUUAUACUGCCCAUUGGGUGUCAAUCAUAUAUGCUCCCUUCAAUCAGAACUAGAUAUUUCCAGAUAGAAAACUUCAAUUACUAAGUUGACAUGUAUUUUUCGAGUGACAAAUAGUAAGACCUGUGUCAUUGUUUAAGAUAUUUUCAGUGACACAAUUAAUUUGUCCCAAAAAUUUUCGUGUCAUCUUGCUAGUAUCAAUUUCUAGUUGUAAAUUGCAAGUGAAUAAGUAGUCACAACAUCAUUAUAUUGUCUUAUUACGCAUUUUAUGAUACAAUCUGAAUAAAUCAGCCAUGAAUAUAAUUUGUCGCAUGAUUUAAUGACAUAUUUUUUUUGUUACUGAAAUUUUUACUGAUGGAUCAUUUAAUCACUGGAUCUUUUAGUGAUAAAUAUUUGUAUUUUUUCAAAUAUGCAAAAAAGAAGAAGAUAUUUUUAAUUUUUUUUUGUUUUCAUGGAAAAUCUCUGAUUUUUUACGUUGAAGUGGACGGUUGCGAUCAACUGUCAUUAUACUUUCUUUCUCUCUUUCCCGUCCAUCGCGCGGCGAUUAAAUCCUAAAACCCUCCCGACCUCGUCCUUCGCCGUAAUCACGUCUCCCCGAACCCUACUCCACGCGAUCGACGUCUUCGCCUCGAUCGCCCCCCUUUCUUACCCUUGAGACGAAUUGGGAGCUCCGCUCGCCUUCGAUGGAGAUCAUCGUUUUCUUAAAGGUCCCUGGUGAGGGAUCGCUUGGCCUCCUCUCCAAGCUCGUCCUCGAUCUCCCCGAACGCGAAUCUGAUCGAGGCCUGAUGGUCCGCCGUGGAUGCCUGCGUUGAACGCGUCCUCUCGUUGGCCUCAAGUAAGAUGCUUCAGAGCUUGGAUAGACUUCGUGCUAAGAUUAUCCGUAAACUGGAAUCUGGAACAGAACUUGCUGCAUUCUGUACACAAACACUAAUGGCCUUAGAAGUUUUUAUUCAUCCCUGAGCCCUUCCUAUAGUCAGACUUUGAGGUUUCCAAGAUCUCCGUACAUGAAGGUUUCGAAAAUACAUUCCACAACCGUCAGAAACAUGGCAUGCAUUCUUUUCUAACGGGCGACCAAGGAAGUAAUGAAUGAGAUGGAUGAUGAUGAUGAACUGUUGAGUGGCUGGCUUAGUGCUGAUGAAGACCAACCUGUUCAGUGUCUCAACACUUUUAUGAGAGAAAAACAUGUAGAAGUUGAUCCAGCCGGAGGUCAUUAGAUUACUGAAGGCGUUCAAGAACCAUCAAGAAUCCAUGAAGAGGAAAUAAUAUGCCCGAGCCAAGAGAAAAAUAUGUCUGAGACACACAAAUGGAAGACCCGAGUUCCAGAGCUAUUGUUAUGACUGUCGAUGACAAGGCAUCUCCAGAUGAAGGCGAUACCACUAUCCAAGAUGUUCCCAAGGAUGACUAUUGCUGGUUAAUGUUUAGUAAUUUGGAAGCCCCAGAUGCAUCUUAUGGCUGGGGCUGAUGCUUCUGAAAGCUUGUAAGUCUCUGAUAAGGGAAAGGAGCCGCUGCUUACCUGUGAUUCUGAUUCAGUGUCUCUUGAUUCACUACCAAAUAUUAUGGUUGCAGAUCCAGACACCAUCUAUAUCUCAAGGUGCUAUGUUCUGUUUUCAUCUUAAUUUACAGUUUUGUAGUUAACUUAAGAUGAUUUCAGAUGGAAGCAGAUAGAAUGUCUCAUCAUAAUCUCCCCUUAGCUGCAAUCUAUGGUUGAGUCUCCAAGAAAUGGGAGGAUCUGCACGCACAGAACAACAAUUUUGAGCUACUUUGUAAUGAAAUCCAAGUCCUUUCAGAGCUACGUGACGUGUUAUUUCUCCGUGUGGCAGAUCUCAACCGACUCUCUGAUUCCAACCGCCCCGUCUCCCUUCACGCGUGGUUCGAAAUUGGUCCUCCACGUGGCCUUUCCAAUCUGGCAUUCAAUCGUGGCUUGAAGUGCCGUUAUCCGCGUGGCAGAUCUCAACGAACUCUCGUAUCCACGUGUCAAGCUCGUCACCUCGCGCACCCGUCGAGGUCGCGUGCCGUAAACGUAGCAGCAAACCCGUCUCUCUCACUCCCUCUGCCCCCGUCGAUCCCCUAUUUAUUUUCCUCCCCAGCCAAAAACCCUAUCACCGGAUGCGUGAGAGAGAGACCACAUGACGGCGGCGAUCUCGAUGGUUGGGGAAGGGAAGGAAGAGAAGGGGCCGGAAGUGGAAGAGAGCGGCGGUGGCCGGCCGUUGGUCCACAGCCAGGUGCGAAGAAUACGGGAGGAGGACCUCCGGAUCGGCGACGGCACCGGCGAGGGGCUGAGCGCGAGGGAUCUUCGGAUCCCCGUUCCCCUCCACACCGCCGCCGCCGACGCCCUCCUCUGCUCCCGCUCGGCGCUGCCCUCCUCCCCUCUCCGCAAGAGCAAGGCCGCCUUUGGAUCAGCUUAGGUGGCGACGUGGAGGCAGGCCAAAGUUCUGGAAGUAAUUUUCUAAUUCUUUUUUUUUUUUUUUGGUAGUGUGUGUGUGUGUGUGUUUCCCUUCUUCAGCCUUCUUGCGGUCCAUUGUACAGGAGCAGUAUAUCUUAUAUUUGUAGACUGUAGAAUUGGUCAUAAGCAAACGUAUGAUUGAUUGCA